GUCAGAGCCGGCGGAAUCAUCGCAGCGAGGCCACGGGAUCCGCAGCUGCUCCUGGGACAGCCCUGGGGACAGCGCACGGCUCCGCAGAGACACCAGCUGUAGGUGUUGGUUAUGGCUGCAGUGUAUCAAGCACUGCACAGGAGAGUUUCCUCCCUCGCCUGCAGGUUGCACUCCACCUAUGUGAGAAAAAUGAGAUACUUAAAUCAGUUAAAGGAAGAUGACAGCCUUUGUAGACAAGCUCAGACCUCAGGAACUUUCUACCUCUUUCACAAUCUCUCCCCCUUCCUGCAGAAAGCUGGGAAGAAAUAUUUGGUACCACAGCUCAGUGCAACAGAGAUGAGACAGAUUCUGGAGAAGUUCCCAGAGGCUGAGCAGUGGAUAGAGAAGUCGGUGCUGAUCGGUUGUUCGGAUGAGCACAGACCCCGCUUUGCGCUGGAUUUAGGAGCCUUGGAUAAAUCAGUCAUUGAGUCAGAACUGCAGGGAUCAUUUACUGACCUGAGAAAGGCUCUCUUUGUGGUGGACAGUGAGGAUUCUCCUUUGCUGGCUUCGGCCCAGUCCCUCCUGCGCUGGCACGAUUCCCACCAGUACUGCAGCAAAACUGGGCAGCCCACUCAGAAGAACGCAGCUGGCAGCAAACGUGUGUGCCAUGCCAGUGGGGUCACUUACUACCCACAGAUGUCCCCAGUGGUGAUCACCCUGGUGUCCGACGGGAGCCGCUGCCUCCUCGCCCGACAGCCCUCGUUCCCUCCGGGGAUGUUCACGGCUCUGUCAGGCUUCUGUGACCUGGGUGAGAACGUGGAGGAGGCAGUGCAGCGAGAAGUGGCCGAAGAGGUGGGGCUGGAGGUGCAGUCUCUCCGCUACUCGGCUUCCCAGCACUGGCCCUUCCCCAGCGGCUCCCUGAUGAUCGCCUGCCACGCCCUGGUGGCAGCCCAGCAGGCUGAGAUCAGUAUGGACACCCUGGAACUGGAGGAAGCCCGUUGGUUUGGCCUGGAGGAAAUUGUGGAGGGUCUCAAGAGAGAGCCUGGCUCUUCAAAGCAAGGUGAUGGUAGUUUCUUACCCUGGUUCCCUCCCAAGCAGGCCAUUGCUCACCAGCUGAUCCUUGAGUGGCUGCAGCAGCAGACUGCCCAGACAGCUUAGGCAGGGCUUCAUGGACUUUGUGAUCCCACCAGAACUGUGAGAGCUCAGCAGAAAAGCUUCCAAAGCCCCUGGAGGCAAGGGCUCUGUUACAGUGAGGACAGCACCACGCUGGCACAGACGGACACUCAGACACACCGACCUACAAAGGUCUCUGAACAGUCCCAUGGGCAGUGGAUCACCUCUGAGAUCCCAUGAUUUGAAGUGAAAUGUACAAAAAAAAUCCUUAGUUCCAAAACAUCAGACUUAUUGUGAGCAGCUGUCACUGACCCCAUGGCACCAAUGUCCCAUUUUCCUCAAUUUCUCCCAUCUUGGAUGGACAUGGAAUGCACCCUUUUUCCCAGAACAAAAAUAAAGGGACAGUGGCACUUUCCAGUGUCUGUGUUUAUAUAAAUCUGGGAGAGCUAGCAAAAAGCCACUGCCUGUUUGCUCUCCUCUUCUUCUGUCUCUUCACAUUCAAUCUUCCAUUUCUAUAUAAAGCAUCACAUUUUAUUUUAUUUUUUUUGUAAAUGUUCAAUGGACUUCUACAUUUUUCCCCCUGGUAAGACAGUUACUUCUGUCCCAAGAAAGAGAGAACAGAGCUAUCUGGUGGCAGAGAGGGGAAGAGCAAGACCUACACAUGAGCAUUUGAGAAGACCACAGAUAAUGCAAAGGUGACAGGGACUGCUGCAACAAGAACUGCACUUAGAACACAGAAAAAUCCUGAAAGGAUCAGAGCCUCUAACCCUGAGGCCAAAGUCUGUGCCUUGCCUGGAGAGCUGGCCUGAUUUUACUGAUGAAGUGGUAAAAUGUCCUGCCUCUGUAGAGGAAGAACAACAAGGAGAUCUGGGCAAGGAAAACUCAGUGAAAGAGAUAGAUGAAAUCUGAUUUCUGCUGCUGAUCCAGAAUCUGCUGCUGAUUCAGGCUGACAGUUCUUUCUGCGUGCUUGGUCACAGUUCAGAUGCCAGGAUUGCAAAGCCAGGUGCUUGGAGGGGGAGCAGGGAUGUCUCCCUGACAGCCACCACUGGUA